UGGGCAGGCCUCUGCUGGCAUGGGCUCUAAGUGCCGGGCACUGACCACAGCGGGCAGCUGAAGGGCCAGGCAAGCCUUGGAGAAGACAUGCCAGGCAAACAGUCAGAUGAGGAACAGGUGGAGGGGGCUGCUGAGAACGGGUCUGCUGAGAAUGAAGCUGAUGAGGACCUGGGAGGCCUCACGUUGGAGGAGCUGCAGCAGGGCCAGGAGGCGGCCCUCGCACUGGAGGACAUGAUGGCCCUGAGUGCCCAGACCCUGGUCCGAGCCGAGGUGGAUGAGCUCUACCAGCAAGUGCGUCCCUUGGGCCAGGGCCGCUUCGGCCGGGUCCUGCUGGUCACCCACCGUCAGAAAGGCACGCUCCUGGCACUAAAGCAGCUCCCAAAGGCCUCCACUUCCCUCCGCGGCUUCUUGUAUGAGUUCUGCGUGGGCCUCUCACUGGGUGUGCACGAGGCUGUGGUGACAGCCUACGGCAUUGGCAUCGAGUCCGCCGACUCCUACAACUUCCUGACAGAGGCCGUCCUGCAUGGGGACCUUAUCACCUUCAUCCAGCCCAAGGUGGGCCUCCCACAGUCAGCAGCCCAGCGCUGUGCGGCCCAGCUGGCCUCCGCCCUGGAGCACAUUCACUCCCAUGGCCUGGUGUACCGGGACCUCAAGCCCGAGAACGUGCUGGUGUGCGACCCGGCCUGCCGGCGGGUCAAGCUGACCGACUUCGGCCACACGCGGCCCCGCGGGACCCUGCUCCGCCUGACCGGGCCACCCAUCCCCUACACGGCCCCUGAGCUCUGUGCACCCCCUCCCCUCCCCGAGGGCCUGCCCAUUCAGCCCGCCCUGGAUGCGUGGGCGCUGGGCGUCCUGCUGUUCUGUCUCCUCACGGGCUACUUCCCCUGGGACCAGCCCCUGGCUGAAACCGACCCCUUCUACGAGGACUUCCUCAUCUGGCAGGGCUCGGGCCAGCCCCAGGACCGGCCUCAGCCCUGGAUCGGCCUGACGCCAGUGGCAGACGCUCUCCUGUGGGGGUUGCUGGACCCCCAGCCCCGAAGGAGGAGCCCUGUGAGCUCCAUCCAGGGCUACCUGGGGCAACCCUGGAGGCAGCGGGAGGGGGAGGCUGAAGAGGGAGACGAGGGGGUCAAGGAGGCUGGAGAGUGA